GCGGGUGAAAUGGCAGCUGCGGAGCCCGCGGCAGCAGCGGUCCCAGGGGACGGCUGAGGGAGCGGGGCAGGAGCUGCGGAGCUAGCGGCGCGGCGCGGAUCCGGCUGUGGGGCCCGGGACGGAGAGGCUCGGCACGGCGAUGGAGGCGCGCUCGGCGCAGUGCACCGGAUGUGUCUGUGAGAUUGUUUCAUCUUUGUCUGUCUCCCACACCAGCCUGUGAGUCCCACGAGGGAAGGGCACGUGUCUGUUCACAGUUAAGUCCCAGGACCCUAUCCUGGAUCCCACAUGACAUUUUAUCAUCACAUCUUAGACUCCUGUUGGCUGGAACAGUUUCUCAGACUUUCCUUGUUUUUGAUGACCUUGACAAUUUUGAGGACUGACAGAGCUGUGACCUGGCACAGCUUGCAGCUGAUGAGCCUGCCCACCAUGGCAAGCCCCACUCUGAGCCCUGACUCCUCAUCCCAGGAAGCCCUGUCAGCCCCCACCUGCUCCCCCACUUCUGAUUCCGAGAACCUCAGCCCUGAUGAGCUGGAGCUGCUGGCCAAGCUCGAAGAGCAGAACCGGCUCCUGGAAGCCGACUCCAAAUCCAUGCGCUCCAUGAAUGGCUCCCGGCGAAACAGCGGCUCCUCACUCGUGUCUAGCUCCUCUGCCUCCUCUAACCUGAGCCACCUGGAGGAGGACACGUGGAUCUUGUGGGGCCGAAUUGCCAACGAGUGGGAAGAGUGGCGGCGGAGGAAGGAGAAGCUGCUUAAGGUGGCAGGGAUGGUGGAGGAGCUGAUCCGCAAGGGCAUCCCACACCACUUUCGAGCCAUCGUGUGGCAGCUUCUGUGCAGCGCCACGAACAUGCCAGUCAAGAACCAAUACUCAGAGCUGCUUAAGAUGUCCUCACCUUGUGAGAAGCUGAUCCGCAGGGACAUCGCCCGCACCUACCCAGAGCAUGAGUUCUUCAAGGGCCAGGACAGCCUGGGCCAGGAGGUCCUCUUCAAUGUCAUGAAGGCAUACUCUCUGGUGGACCGGGAGGUGGGCUACUGCCAGGGCAGCGCCUUCAUCGUGGGCCUGCUCCUCAUGCAAAUGCCUGAGGAGGAGGCCUUCUGCGUGUUUGUGCGGCUGAUGCAGGAGUAUCGCCUUCGGGAGCUCUUCAAGCCCAGCAUGGCCGAGCUAGGGCUCUGCAUUUACCAGUUUGAGUACAUGCUGCAGGAGCAGCUCCCGGACCUGAACACCCACUUCCGCUCCCAGAGUUUCCACACGUCCAUGUACGCCUCAUCCUGGUUCCUCACGCUCUUCCUGACUACCUUCCCACUUCCUGUCGCCACUCGUAUCUUCGACAUUUUCAUGUAUGAGGGCCUGGAGAUUGUGUUCCGCGUAGGCCUCGCCCUGCUGCAGGUGAAUCAAGUGGAGCUGAUGCAGCUGGACAUGGAGGGCAUGUCCCAGUACUUCCAGAGGGUGAUUCCCCACCAGUUCGACAGCUGCCCAGAUAAGUUGAUCCUCAAGGCUUACCAGGUCAAGUACAACCCUAAGAAGAUGAAGAGGCUUGAGAAGGAGUACACAGCUAUGAAGAGUAAGGAGAUGGAGGAGCAGAUCGAGAUCAAAAGGCUUCGAACAGAGAACCGGCUCCUGAAACAGCGGAUUGAGACCCUGGAGAAGGAGAGCGCUGCUUUGGCUGAUAGGUUAAUCCAGGGACAGGUGACACGGGCACAGGAGGCCGAGGAAAACUAUGUCAUCAAGCGGGAGCUGGCAGUGGUGCGGCAGCAGUGCAGCUCAGCAGCAGAAGACCUUCAGAAAGCGCAGAGCACCAUCCGGCAGCUGCAGGAGCAGCAGGAUAACCCUCGCCUCACUGAGGACUUUGUGGCCCACCUGGAGACUGAGCUGGAGCAGUCACGGCUGCGGGAGACAGAGACACUAGGAGCCCUACGGGAGAUGCAGGACAAGGUUCUAGACAUGGAGAAGAGGAACAGUUCACUGCCUGACGAGAACAACGUGGCCCGGCUGCAGGAGGAGCUAAAGGCACUCAAAGUGCGGGAAAGCCAGGCGGUGGCUUCUGCGAGGGAGCUGAAGCUGCAGCUGCAGGAGCUAUCUGACACCUGGCAGACCCAUCUGUCCCGCGGGGGCCGCUGGAAGGAGUCCCCACGGAAGCUGGUCCUGGGCGAGCUGCAGGACGAGCUGAUGAGUGUGCGUCUGCGUGAGGCCCAGGCUCUGGCCGAGGGCCGUGAGCUGCGGCAGCGCGUGGUAGAGCUUGAGACCCAGGACCAUAUCCACCGCAACCUUCUGAACCGUGUGGAGGCAGAACGCUCAGCGCUGCAGGAGAAGCUGCAGUACUUGGCGGCGCAGAACAAAGGGCUGCAGACGCAGCUGAGUGAAAGCCGCCGCAAGCAGGCAGAGGCAGAGUGCAAGAGCAAGGAGGAGGUGAUGGCUGUACGCCUGCGAGAGGCAGACAGCAUGGCGGCAGUGGCAGAAAUGCGACAACGCAUUGCGGAGCUAGAGAUCCAGAGGGAAGAGGGCCGCAUCCAAGGCCAGUUAAACCACUCGGACUCUUCGCAGUACAUCCGCGAGCUCAAGGACCAGAUUGAAGAGCUGAAGGUGGAGGUGCGGCUGCGAAAGGGCCCACCGCCCUUCGAGGACCCACUGGCCUUCGAUGGGCUAGGCCUGGCGAGGCACCUGGAUGAGGACUCACUGCCGUCGUCUGAUGAGGAGCUGCUGGGCGUGGGCGCAGCACUGCAGGACACACUCUACCCGCUAUCGCCCCGCGAUGCGCGCUUCUUUCGCAGUCUGGAGCAGCCCACCAAGGACAGCGAGGGCAGCUCAGACAGCGAUGCAGAUGAGCUGGCCACACCCUAUAGCCAGGGCCUGGACAACUGAGGCCCUGCUCUUGAGCCCAAAGCUGGGGCCACACUUAAACUCCACGCUCACCCCAAGGGCGCAGCAGGGUGCAAAGGGUAGAGCUGGAGCCUGAGGAUCCUCAGGGUACCUGUCAUACCCACCCUCCCCAGCACUGUUUAACCAUCUUGGUCAGUAUUCCUCUAGGACCAGUUACCUGGAGGUCUGCCCCUCUUAACAGCAAGGGAACAGAGGACACAGGUUUCAGAACUGGGUAGUAGAAAGCGCCCUCCUCCCACCAGGUCUCCUUCUGGGACAAGGGUAGCCCUGCUGGGAAGGGCCCAAGAGCUGGAGGCGGCCUGAGGAAGAAGGGGCCACUCUGGGCUGGACAACAACACCCCAAAAUACCCCAGGGACCUUUGGCUGCCAGGGAUAGAUGGCCAAGCUGGCCUGAUGUAGGCCUCGUGGCCCAAGCAGAAACCAAAGUCCAUCCUACUAUGUGCAGGGCCACCUGGUGUGUGCAUGGCCAUCAGGAACCAGGCCAGGGCAGAGCAGCUUUGAGGAAGUCAUGAAACCCCUGUCCCCAGCACCCCACAUCUUCCUCUGUGAAACACCCCCAUCACCCUCUCUAGGCCAGUGAUGGAGGAGAGUCUAGCCUUUUUCCAGAAGGUUCCCAGCUUCCACUUCCCUUCCUUCUCUGGGUCCCCGGCUCCACCCUCCAGCCAGGGCCAGGCCCCAGGGGAGGAGGCUGCCCAGCGGAGUGGUGUCCCAUGCUUCCCUCCUCAUGGUGGUCCUGUGGUCUCUGCAAAGUCAGAGCCAAGAACGUGCCAAAGUUCAACAUUGUCCCCCGCCCCCGGGGGGGGGGGGCCUUUUGACCCUCGGGGCUGACGCUCUCAGAGCUCCUGGAGCAGCCUCUAAAGCAGCCUCCUCAGCACUUACUGGAGUGGGGAUUCAUGCUCAGCUCCCUACCCUUUCCCACUUGCCCACUUCUCAGUGUUACAAAACCUGGGGACCAGGGUGGGCGUGGUGAGGCUCUCCCAUGUGCCUCCCACACUGCCCACCAUCAUUUUGCACACUGCCUGUUCACACUCCACAAGUCGCCCAGGUGGGGAUAGAAAAUAAAGUGUAUUUACACAGUCAAGAACAAGGGAUGCUGAGUGGGGCAAGCUUGGGACUAAGGGGACUACAAGCAGCCUCAGGGCCACAGACCCUUGUCCA